CAUCUGAGACGUGAUAAACUCUGGCAGCAGACGAGAGACACUACUGCCACGCUCACUCACUCCUUACUGCCUCCCUGCGGCGCCCACACUACCAUGGCAGCCCUUUUCCGCCAGCUGUGCCUCCUGGUGCUGACUGAGGCUUGCUACGAUGAAUUCUUCGUAAAAUUUAACUUCCUUGAUGUGCCAUGUCUUAGGGCAGCACUGAGCAAGGGAUUGGGGCUGGCCAUCGUCGGGGGCAGCAUCCUGGUGAAGGUGCCACAGAUCAUGAAGAUAGUGAAGUCCCAGAGUGGUGACGGAAUCAGUGUGGCUGGCACAUCGCUGGAGCUCACCGCCAUUGUGUUCAACGUGGCGUACAGCUUUGUGAAUCGCUAUCCCUUCAGUUCGUAUGGCGAUGGGGUGUUCCUCCUGAUACAGACGGCUGUGAUCGGCAUGCUGGUGUUCCUGUACAGUGGUGCUGCAAAGAAGGCUGCCUUGUACGUCAUGUUGGUGUUCACUGUCACUGCUGUGCUCUGCUCCGGCCAGCUCCCCAUCAAGUUUCUGUGGGUGCUCCAAGCCUCAAAUAUUCCUGUGGUGUUUGCUGGGAAGAUGGUGCAAGCUGUUGCCAACUUCAGAAACAGCAGCACCGGCCAGCUGUCUGCGGUGACGGUGACGAUGCUCUUCCUGGGGUCCAUGGCACGCAUCUUCACCUCCAUCCAGGAGACGGGCGACCCCAUCAUCAUCCUGACCUACAGCGUGGCCACCUUUGCCAAUGGAGUGAUCAUGACACAGGUGAUCUACUACUGGAAUGUCCCGGCCAAGACCAAGAAGGAGUAGCUGGCCAGGUACGGCCACCAGAGGAGAUUGGGAUACCUGGCUGCAUUCAGAUGGACAGGCCUGGGUUGUCAAAGUCAGGGUGAAGUAGCCGGCCUGGUGGUAUGGUCACUGUUCAGGUAAGAUUGGGAGGCAGGGUCUGGUGAUGGAACAAUGAGGAUGCCAGUGUAGGUUUGUGGGGCUUUGUUAUGUGUGGGGCCACGUGAACCUCAGUUGUUAUUGUUAUGUAGUGUGAUAGAUGCACUCUUUUUUUUGUCUCUUACUUGAACACUUUACUAGUUCCUAGGCAGGGGUUUUCUUAAAGGCUUCAGGUAGGUAGGUACAUUCCAGGUCAUCUUUUUUUGUACUUGCUUUUUUUUUGUAGAUAGAUUGAACAAACUCUAAUCAACACAGUAAAAGACAAUACCCUGUGGUACUAUGUGAGCAGCAGGAAGGUGGUGACUAAAUUAUGUACAGGUGGUUGACCUUACUGCAGGGGAGCAUCCAGCCCCUCCCAUGUCCACAUCUCUAUGCCCUCUCUGACACACACACACACACACACACACACACACACACACACAGUGUAGUGUAGUGGUUAGCACGCUCGACUCACAAUUGAGAGGGCCAGGUUCGAGUCCCUGUAAGUGGCGAGGCAAAUGGG